CCCAGUUGGGAGUCUAGUUUAGGAGGAGCGGCAAAAUGGUGACUCCUCUUGUGCGCGUGAAGAGCGUGAAGAAGCGGACCAACCGCUUCAUUCGGCAUCAGAGCGACCGCAGGAUGACCGUGAAGGAGAGCUGGCGGCGCCCCAAGGGUAUUGACUCCCGCGUGCGCCGGAAGUUCAAGGGCUGCGGCGUCAUCAUGCCCAACAUCGGCUACGGCUCCAACAAGAAGACCCGCCACGUCCUGCCCAACGGCUUCCUCAAGUUUGUGGUGAACAACGUGAAGGACCUGGAGCUGCUGAUGAUGCACAACCGCAAGUUCUGCGGCGAGAUUGCGCACAACGUGUCCACGCUCAAGCGCAAGGCCAUUGUGGAGCGCGCGGCAGAGCUCAACAUUGCUCUAACCAACGGCAACAGCCGCCUGCGCAGCCAGGAGGACGAGUAGGAGUCUCGGCCCCUCACGAUGUCGGCACCCACAGCUGCACUGGCUUGGGACGAGAACAGCAGCACAUUGGGGUGUCAUGUUCCUGACGUGUAACACCCACCCCAAUC